AUGGCUGUAAAUGCAGAACAAACUGUAAAUCCACAAGUGGACUCCACUGAAAUGAACAUGAGACACAAUGUGAGAGUCCCGAAAUUCAAUAAAACCAACCCAUCAGUAUGGUUCGCGCAACUGGAACGAGUCUUUCGUUUAAAUAAUAUUCGAGGAGACACAGACAAAUUUGAUUGGGUGGCAGUAAAUUUAGAUGAAGACAUUGUGAUGAUUGCUGAAGAUCUAAUUACAAAUCCCCCAACGAACAAUAAAUAUGAAACACUCAAGGCACGUUUGUUGGGGAAAUUUGCGGAAUCAGCCGAAUCCAAGUUGCGGCGCCUACUACAAGGAGGAAAUACUACGGGUAUGAAGCCGUCGGAAAUACUUUCGAACAUGAGACGUCUUGCACCAGAUCCAAAUAGCGAACAAAUUAUUCGUACGCUUUUUCUCAGCGAAAUGCCCAAAUCGAUUCGUCCGGUAUUGGCAAUUUGGGAAGAGGAUGAUCUAAAUAAACUUGCCAAGUUAGCUGAUAAGAUGCUGGAGGCUUCAACAACAAACGCAAUGACCAUGUGUGAAGUAUCGCCACAGGCUAAGCAGGCUACGACAACUGUGUGCAGCACAGCACAUAAUGAUUUGUACACAGCUGUUCAACAACUGACCGACCAGGUUAAAAAGCUGCAAGUUGAAGUUAGCCAACUCAGGAAACCAAUCACGAGUCGCAACGGUUCUCGAUCGCGCUCACCCAAAACUGUAAGCGAUGUCUACUGUCAACAGCGACGUCAUGGCAAAUUGUGUUACUAUCACACCAAGUUUGGGGAUGGUGCCACCAAGUGCAAGCCAAGCUGCUCACGAUGGGCACCUUUAAACUAA